UUUCCCCACUUCCCCAGCUCCCUUGCUAGGUUUCCUUCCUUCCGCCCCAGCUCCGUUGUGUUGCUGGCAGCUUGGGUCUUGGCUGCUGCCUAAACCCUGUCUGUCCAAGGUGGACACACACAAGCUCGCCACCUCAGCCUCCAACCUCCAGCCUUUCUUCCCAAAUCUUGAUCUUGACUUAGGGAGGCUCUGCCCAAAUUUUCUUCCCCGGUCAUCCAUUUCCAGGGGAGGUUCUGCCAAAAAAUUAUCCUCCCAUCAUCCAUUUCCCAGGGGAGGUUCUGCCAAAAAUUCCUUCACCGAUCAUCCAUUUCCAGGGGAGGCUCUGCCAAAAUUCCAUCUGAACUUCAUUCAAUUUCCAAGGGGAGGUUCUGCCGAAAUUUGAUCUGCGACAGUUUCAUUUCCAAGGGGAGGUUCUGGCAAAAAAUAAAAAUAUAUUUCUUGCCACAUAGCACCAAAACUUGUAUCUGAAAACAGAACAGAUCGAUAAUAUUUCAUUUGCAAGGUAAAGAAAAGAGUUUGUUGUGUUCUUGAUGAUAGAGACGCAGUAGCACGUGUAGAUGUUGUUGCUGGUCCUGUUGGAGCAUCCCCUCUCCGGAUUUAUGGUCGGCGCAGCGAUCACUCGCCUCGUCCAGUCCUUCUCCGUCGUCUUCCUCUACUGGUUCUACGUCUUCUCCCUAACCUCCCUGUAGCUCUGUAGCUGUAGCCGGAGUUCAUACUAGUAACAUAAUCAAGCUAGCUAGCACUGAGUAACAAAGGUACCCAAGUGCUGUUACAAGGUGUGUUUUUAUACUCAAGAUAUAAGAGCAAGUGAAACUGCUGUGAGUUGUUGAGAGGUGACCAUGUCAAGUGGGACCUCGUUCGCGUCGAGCCAAGGGACCCGGAGCUCCAGGUCUGCCGAGGAUUGCCCGGACCUCCGGGCCCAGAUGGAGAAGAGGAGGAAGAGGAGGAAGGAGUCCAACCGGGAGUCGGCACGGCGAUCUAGGGUGCGCAAGCAACAACACCUCGACGACCUCUCCUCGCAGGUGGAUCAGCUCAAGAACCAGAGCCAACAAAUGAACAUGGUGCUGGGCAUGACCACACAAAACCUUGUGGCGCUGCAAGCACAGAACUCGGUGAUGCAGACACAGAAGAUGGAGCUGGAGAGCAGGCUGUGCGCCCUAGGCGAGAUCAUCUGCUGCAUGAACUCAAUCACCAACACUGUGAAUCCCACCGCCGCCAUGGGCGCCACAGCAAGCAGUGCCUACGACGUUUUUGGCGCCGGCAGCGCAUGGAGCCAGCCCAUAGACUUGUACCAGUGCUUCUAGGGAAGAAGAAUGGAUGGUUGAUGUUGUCAUAGCUGGUAGGGUCUCUAUGAAGGCAUCAGGUUCUGUAUCAAUCAUGUAGGGCCUUCGUGUCACCAUUGAUGCGUGCCCCUCUCUCUCUUUAUUGUUUAUUAUGUGAGGUUGGGUUGUAAUGGUUGGUGAGGGAGGGUAGGAGGGGAAUUGAUGGCCCAUUUUGUCAAAGAGAGAGAGAGAGAGGCUAGGGAUUUUCUACUGGCUCCUGAUGGUGAUGUCUAGCUAGUAAGAUGUGAAAUUGGUACCUCUUGAUAUAUAGUAUAUGCAAAGUGCUUCUUCA